GCCUAGUGUCAACUAUACGUUGGUAACUUUGAUAAUAUUGAUGAGAGUACGAAGUGCAAUUGCUUGUUGUGGAUUCUUGAUAUGAAUGUAUCGUUGUCACAUGAAAGAUUAAUAUAAAACAUUGAUUCAAGAUUUAGCAAUGUAAGAUAACAAUUGUAUAUAAAUCAAAAUUUCAAAAUAUUAAUUUUGGAUCUCAUUAAAUGUGAGUGCAUAUAAUCAUCUCUUCGGCUUGAUUAUCUGCAGGUAACAGAUACAAAUAAUCGGCGAUUACAAGUUGUAAUAUUGAUAUACAAUAUUGAUAUACAGUUGUAUAUAAUUCAUACUGUUUCCUGUUAUCUUAAAAUAACAAUUUUAAUGUACGUUAUAAGUAAAGCCAAAAAUAAUUUUUUCUGCAGAAAAAUAUGAUUCUUUUAAUAUAAACUGUAAAUAUUUGAUACAAUACUGAGAAUCCACUGAUGAAAUAUAUAUUAUUUAACACAAACAAAAAAUUUAUGAUGUAUUAACAUGGUGGUCUACACGAUUGUGUUCUGUCAUAUUCUACAAUAUAUCAUAUGUAAAACAAUGUUACAUAUUUAAUGAAGAGAUUUAUAUAAAAUUACUAUAACGAGUAUCCAUACAUUGAGAGUACUUGCACAAUGUCAAAUUACAAAAAAAGCCCAGAUUGUGAGAAGAAGACUAUAGUCUUUGAAGAACCGAUGAAUAAAAAGGAAGAUACAUCGGCACGAUCUAAAUAUAAGUUAGAUGAUUGUUUAAAUCUCCAGGAUAUUCUGCUGAUGUUUGACAGACCUGUAACCCAGGAACAAGCGUGGGCAUUGUGCUAUGAAAUAGCUUAUAAUUUAUCACGCCUAACGGAUAAGUUUUAUGAAAUAUCGGAACUUUCACAAAUUAUACUUCACAAAGAUGGGCACAUCUGGCUUGAAAAUUUAGCAGGUUCUAAACAAUUUUAUGUUUCGGAAGAGAAGGCGAUAUUCUCUUUGGGCAUGAUCAUUUUUAAAGCCUUAGAUUUUGGUUCUAAUGCUGGAGAGGAAAUAGCUUUAUCAUCAGAUCUGGAAACUCUCAUUACAUUGAUGACAAACUGUAAUCGAGCUUGCGAAGGUGAUAUAGAAGACCGUCUACAAGAAACUGACGAUGAAGGAAUUGAAAGGGACUCUGGUGAUACCGAUGCGGAGGAUUGUGCGAUACAAAGAACUAAAUUAUAUGCAGACAGUUCCACGUGUACCUUGAAGACGAUUUUACAAGUUUGUGCACGACACGUGCAAAAUUUACACGAAGAUGCUACCAGUUAUUAUCGGAAUAUAAUGAAAGCGUUUGUGGAAGAGGCUCUUAAUCUCUCUCAGUUUUUGGAGAAAGGUGUUGAUGAUAAACAAUCACAAGAUUUAUUUAGUUCAAAUAACGUCGACCGUACCUCCAGUUCACUGCAAAAUAUAAAUACGCUGGAUUUCAAUGAUUGGACGGACAUUAGAAUUUGGAGAGCUAUACAAGCUAGAUUUUGGGUUCAAGUUAUUAGCGAGCUGAGGCGAGGAGUCAAAUUGAAAAAAGUAGAAGCUAAUUUGGGUUCUCGCACGUCUUCGCGCAGAGAAGGAAGUCUUCCCGACUACAAAAUGACACCAUACGAAAGUUUGAUGGAUGAUAUUAGAGAAAGACGGUAUCAUCUCAAGAAAACGCCACCUACGCCAUCGAGGAAGGAUACACAUGCCAUUAUUCUUGAAUUUAUUCGAAGUCGACCACCUCUAAAAAAGGCUUCGGAGAGACGAUUACGACCAUUACAAAAGGAAAGUACUUUGAGAGAGUUACUCAUGGAAAGCAUAAAGAAGCCACCAAAGCCUUUAAGGUCCUCUAGUUCAAGACAAAAUACCUCCCAUAUUGAAGAAACAUCAAUUUGCAACACAAGCGGUGAAUCUCGCAUGAUAGUCCUCGGAGAAGUACCACCUUCGCAGCCAGAACAAGAGCAGGAGUCUGCACAGGAUGUUGCGGCUCAAUGGUUGCAAUCGGAAGAUCAGAGAGCUUUGUCAGCCAGCGACGGCGUUCUUGCAGCAGCAAACCGUAGGAGACAAGAUGUACCGCCUGUGCCACAACCACGACAAAAAAUUGCCAAGGAGAGAUCUAGCAUCAAAGUUUUAUCUUCCAAUAGGAAUCGUAAGUCGCGUAGAAGGCGCAUUACGGUCGCAGAUAUAACACAGAACGGAGAAGAUAUUGAUGAACCCAAAUUGUUGCCAAAACCAUCUGGAAGAAAUUUAGAUGCUACUAGGCGGAUCAAGAAAGUAAUACCUGUCGAUUUUGAUUUGAAGUUGGAUGCUGAAGAUGAUGACGAUGAUGAUGUUGAUGAUUAUAACGAAGAGAAUUUUGCGGCGGCAAGGUUUGAGGAAGAAGACGAGGAAUCUGCAAAUCCUUGGCGAAAAACUGGUGGACUUCGUUUAACCAGGAACGAGUACCACCGGUUCUGUGACGCUCAAUUAGAAUCUUAUGACCUAGCGACGCAAUGUCCUUCCCGGAGAGCGUCUGCGAAGCGACACGCCACAAAAUGCAUUAUACCGCUAACGUCGCUCACGGGAACGACGUCGCUGCCACAAUCAAGGCCGCAAAGUCGACAGCAUGCUGGUCUCGCAGACUCGAUAUUGAGCCAAGGUCCAAGUCCCAACAUUAGCCUGAAUCCUAGUCCAAAUUGUAGUCCGCAUCCACGAACGCCAAGACAACCGCGACGGGCAAAUACAAUUGCACACGAUAGUAAAAACGAUAAGACCCAGGACGAUGAGUGGGAAAACGAUAUUGAUAAGAAAACGACGUUAGGAGAUAUGCUAUUGGAUGAGAGGCUAUCGUUAACGUUGGACGAGAUUGUACAUAUUCGUAGUGUGCUUACGAAAGCUGAAUUAGAGUCCCUUCCUGUAGAAGGGCGCGUAAAAGAGGAUGUGGAGAAAAGGCGCGUUUGUUUUCUAUGUUUGAAAACACGUUUUGGUCUACUGGGCCCUUGGGGACAACGUUGUCGUUUAUGCAAGAGGACCGUCUGCGUGAAAUGUUACUCGAAAAUGCGAAUACCAACGGAGCAGUUCGCUCGAGUGCCAGUUGUGCUACUCUCCCCCGGAUUAUUACUCUCACCUACAGAAACAGAGAAUUGUAACAGUAAAAAUUCCUGGCUUAGAAAUGCAGGUGCGGUCGGCUCGGCACCGGCUUCCCCUGCGUCCAGACGAAAAGAUUCCGCCUUGCGCAAUGGCACGCCUGUCUCAACGCCGACAAUGACACCUAUUUCCACGCUGACACCCAUGUCGAUGUCGCCUUCUCACGUAAUUCAAGGAUUAGAUAAAAGAAAUUACAAAGGAGGUAGUCCUGCCGCUCUUUCAACCACGAAGACAUUCUCCACUUCAAGCGGACCGAGUGCGGAGCAGCGUAUGGUGGCGGAACGUUUACGCGGUGUCGCCGUUGUUGUCUGUCAUGACUGUCGCAUCAUGGUCAUUCAGAUCAUCAAAAGCUCAAGAACGACGCGUGCAACGAUACGUAAUAAUGUUAUUUCCCGCCUUACUCUAAACCUCUCUCCUGCCUAUAUUUAAUUUUCAUCGCCUCUUAAUAGCACCGAUAUCGCUACGUCGUUUCUUCUUAUUGUUUUUCCAAGCGUUAUCAAAAUUUCGCAUGUUAUUAUACGUAUAUUACAUAAUGGGAACAAUCUGCAAAUACUAGUAUUUGACACAAUUUGAAAACAGAUGAUGAAAGAGAAUUCAUGCAAAUGCAAAAUAGGAUAUUUGUUUUCUCGUAAUGGGUUGCUACAUUGGUUUCUGUUAUGAGAUAGUGAUGAUAUAGGAAUUUUUUAUGUAUAAGCAUGUAUUUAUUAGCAAAUUAAUCCACCAAUGUGCACUAAUGUAGACCAAUUCGCUAUUUGAAAUACGAUAGCUUAAAUUUUUUAAGGGAAUUGGGAGAAUCAGAUUGCCCAAAAAUCUUUAACAGUUUUUUGUAACGAAUUGAAUAAAUGUACAAAAGUAACGUUUUAAGGGAUAUUUAUACAACACAUAAAAAAAGAAUAUAUAUUUUUUAAUAAAUAUAUAAUUAUAUAGCUGAAGAUAUAUAUAUAUUUUUUUUAGAUAAUUAUUUUGUAAUGAUAUCUUAUCUCUUAAUAGUUUAAUUAUAAUAAUUUUUAACUAGAAAAUUUUGGAAGGCUUGUCGUUAUUGAAUAAACUUUUAUAAAAUAAAUUAAAUAAAAAUGAAUAAAGUAGUAGUUAAAAAUUCAAUUUUUUUGCUAAAAUAAUUUUGAUUUUUUUGUUAUUAAUAGUUGUCAUUUUGUUAGUUUAUAUUUGAUCUAUUUUUUGAAAACUAGAUAAAAAACUGAAAAUUUUUAGCAAAAAUUGAAUUAUCGAGAGAAGUAUCAUUGCAAGAGAAACGGAACAUACACUCACACGCGCGCGCGCACGCACACUCAUAUAGUAAACCAUUCUAUGUAACAUCGAUCACGCCAGGUCCGAAGUUUUUAACAAAAAAAGUUUCUGUCAGGAUGCAGAAUCUAGAUCUAAACGUGGUCUUUGAGAUAUUAUCUGGUAAAACUUAAUAUUUUUUUGGCUAACUCAUAUUGCAUCUUGCUACUCGGCAAGCGUUUCCGCGUCUAGUGUGCAGGAACACACAAUCUUUCCACACACAUAGUAACAACAAUCGCUGAGCGGUUAUAAUUUGCUAUGCAUUUUCUAUUUACCGACGAUAAGCCAGACAGAUUUGGCAAUUUUAGUAAUUAAUGUCUUAUUAACUCUUUAUUGUAAAGUCACAAAAUAGUAUAAGAUUCUGAUAAAGUGGAUGAACAUUGUCAAUAUCUAGAUUCUUAACUUUAUUUUGUUGGGCUCUUAUUGUCAAUUCGCUCACUCUUAUUACUUUCUUUCUUGUUUUUGCUGGUUCUUCUUAUUAAGAACAUGGACAUUAUUGUAGUUCAUGUCCAUUUUGCCAUAGGACGUAUCGCCUUCGAGGAUCAUCUAAAAGCGUGACACCUCUCAUAGCACUUUCCGAUUCACUCCACUCUACUUGUUUACAAGAGAUGAUAUAAUUAUUACCAGAUGCCCUAUAUAAAUAUCGCACAUUUAUAUAACUUUUUGAAAAUAAAAUUUUAUUUUGCUCUAUGUAUAUAAAUAUAUAUAUUUUUUUUCCUUAAAACUUUACUUUUAUACAUUUAUUCAAUUUAUUUAAAAAAUGGUCAAAAAGUACGAUUUUUGAACAAUCUGACUCUUCAGUGCCUUUAAGCCACAUGUUAAAAGACUUCUGUUCUGAGCUAAAGACUUCUUUUCUUUCUUUAAAUAUGAUGAAUAUUUUAGAUUAAAGAGAAAGAGGAAAAGAAGGGUAAAAGAAAUAAUGAGAAAAGAAUGUUCAAUAUUACACGAUUGUUUCUAUAGGAUACCAAUAUUACUGUCUUUAUUUGUAAACAUGUACAUACUAUGAUAAUUUCAGCAUUUCAUGAAUAUGCAUUAAAUACAUCGAUGCGAUUGAUGCCGAUGCUUUAUGUUAAUAAAUAUUUUAUUACUUUAUCGGAAACACAAAGAUCACAGAUGUUGCCAUCUUGGAUUUUCAAAAUUGAUUUUAUGGAAUAUAAAUUACAUUAGUUUACAUUUUUUUAUUUUAAAUCAGAAGAGAUGUUUUUUUUUUAAUUUUUAAGUACUGAAAAUCAAAUUUUACCAACACGUCAGGUUUUUAAAAUAAUUGAGAUUUAAUGUAUGAAAAAAGGCUUUUAUGUGAUGUUUGAGAUUUUUUGUAAAUAAAGUUAACGUUAUCUGAACAUUUUAAUAAGAUAUCAUAAAUAUAUUAUUUAUCCCCUAUAAAAUACAUUUUUUAAACAAUGCUAUGAAAAGUUUAAAAGUUCUCAUGUAGGAACGAUCUUGAGCUACGUAUUUUAAGAUAUUUUGGAAAAAAAUUUAUUUUAAAAUUGAUUGUACUAUUAUUUAUUCUCUUUUAAAUCACACAAUUUUUGCCUAGAAAAUUUUUUUUCGAAAAUGCAUUUGUUUCAAAAUGUUCGAAAAUAUGCAAAUGAAACUAGACUCUAUACGUACCAUAUAUGUCAAUAUACAUUUAGUAAAACAUAAAAUAAUAAAGUACAAUAUAUGUGUAUCAAUAACCCUAAAUUACAAAUUAUAAACAUAUAUAAUAUAUACUCCAUAGGCGAGAUAUUGAAAUUAAAAAAUAUAUUUUAUAGAGAAUGAACAUUACAAUUAUGUUAUCUAACCGAAAUUUUUAAACGAAGUACAUUUUUUAACAAGAAAUUUUUGACAUAAAAGCUAUUUUUUACAUAUUAUACAUCAAUUAUUUUUAAAAUUUGAUGUAUUGAUAAAAUUGAGUUUACAACAUCGUUUUCAGCAUUCAAAUUUAUUAGAAGCACUUCAUCUGAUUUAAAAUAAUUUUCAAUUGUAAUGUUAUUUUUACAUUUUGAUUCUUGUUAAAAUGUAAAAAAUUUAAUUAUAUAAUUUUAUUGAUAAUUUUGUUCAUAUUUUAUAACUUAAAAAAAUCCUUAAAAUUGAGAGCCCUCCUUGAAAGAAAAUUAAAGAUUUAAAAAUAUGUGAAUCUAUCUAAUAUAAAUCUUAUAUUUAUCUUCCCGAUACAGUUACAAGCGUUCUCUGUGUAGAAGAGUUAAUAUUUACUCAUCCUCUGUUAGAUACAGAAAGUAAAUUUGAUUUUAAUUAAAUUAAAUAUUGCAUUGUAUUUUACAGAAAUGUUUAUAUUUUAUUGAAGUAACAAAUUAAAUACAUAUUAAUAUAUAUUUAUUUCAUAUUAAUUAUAGAGUAUUACAGCGUUUAAGACUAUUUGCCAUUAAAAUAUAAAAUCAGAACGCGCAGAUGUGUAAGUUGUGUUAUUAUCAAAUUGUUUUUUUUUUUACACACGCGAGCACGCAUACACGCGUAUAUGUAUGUGUGUGUGUGUGCGUGUGCGUGCGCGCGUGUGUUUAAAACAGAGUAUAACCACUGCUCAUGAAAAGAUAUAGAAGAAAUUGAAAUAGACACAAAAGUCCUAUAUCGUUUUGCAAUAGUUCCGCAAUAAUAAUCGGGAUAUUAAUUUUUAAAAUUAUACGAAUAAGAACGCACCGAGAGAAACAUUCCAGCUAUUCGUAUUAUACAUAAACAUAAGAAAGACAAAAUGACCAUUGAGAUGUUAGAAAAAAGACAAAUGUAGGUUUUAUGUAGUAUUUCUCUUUCUAUAGUGGGCGUCAGACCAUCUAUUACGAUGCUUAGUCCAUUCUAUGGAUGCGUUUCGAAUUCACUAACAAUAUUGAAUAUUUAAGUAGCAUAAAUUAUAAAUUGUCAAUACUAACAGUGAAAUUCGGAACAUAACCUAUAUGUCGAUGGUGCUAUAACAUGACUUACUGUAUCCAUAGACUUUUAUCACUAGACGAUUUAAUCUUUAUCUUUAUAUUCUAUCAUUAAACUGUUAAUUCGCGUCAAACAUAUAGAUCUGAAAAGUAUAUACAAAAAAAUUCUUACGUAUGGAGUAAUGGGUUAAGAAGUACCGCCUGACAGUGUUACUAAUCGGACCGGGUUUUCUGGAGUUUUCUCGCGCAUGCGCGAUAAACGUUACAUUUUACUUGAAUAAAAAGAAGUACUAAUUAGUCGUUCCAACAAAAAUAUUUAAUAAUUGUUAAAAAUAUGUUAGAAAAA